AUGAAAAGACUUCAAGAAGCUUGUGUUAAACUGUACACGAAGACAAGUUUUCUUUUCUAUGUUGUCAAUCGAGCAUUACGAGAGAAUGAUCGUAGUAAACUGGCUUCACUUGGUCCUUACUGUUAUCUUGUUUAUACCUAUAUCGGAAGCCAAAUAACUGAAUAUGCCUCAAUCCGACAUCAUAUUCGUCGACAAAUUAAUACAACAGAAUCAUCAUCUAUAGUUGUCUAUCGUGGUGAUAGGGCAACAAAUGAAAAAAUAAACGAAUAUUGUCAAGCGGCUGGACAAAAAGACAAGUACUUCAAAUGGUUGUCGUUUGUAUCAACUUCACUUGAUGAAAAUGUGGCCAAAACAUAUGCUCGUAAUAUCUUGUAUGAAAUAGAGUUACGUCGCCACUCGUCAAACGAUCAAUUUGUCUAUUUGGAAAAAAUAUCGUAUUAUACAGAUGAAAGAGAAGUUCUUUUACGACCAGGUGUUCGUUUCCGUGUGAACCGAGUAGACCAAAUGGAGUCUGACAAGAAAAUAAAUCGCGCAAAGAUUUAUAUAACUAUUGUUCCAUCAUAUGUAUCGAAUUUGAUAUAA